GGCAGACCCAGGCUGUCCCGUGGGUUCUGUGAGUGUCAAAGGGAGCCGGUCUCCAGGCUCUGGGAAGGCUCCCGCCUCCCCUGCCCCCCACCCCGCUGUGCCCCCAGGGCUGGGUCUCCAGAGAGGCAGGGCUGUGAUUUAGUACCUGCCUUGCUAGAGGUUCUGGUCUUGCUUCAUCUGGGUGAAAGAGGAAACGGAAGACACAUUAGCUGACCAGGGAGGGGCUUGGCAUUGCCUCACCCCACUUUUGAGACCUGGCUGGGGCCCACAGGACUUUGCGAAGUGGACCGACCUUUGGCUUCGACUUCUUCUUGCCGUAAAAAGUCCCAAAUACCAAAGCGGAUUCAGUGAAAAGUCACUCUGCCCGCCCAGCCCAGAGCCUCAGACUCCUUGUCACGCUGUGUUGGGUCCUUCCAGAAACAGUCUACAGGUGCUCAAGAACAGAGGACUCCCUGAAUUACAGCACCCCUGACUAUGCUGAUUAUGGCUGGACCGUGGACCCGUACAUGCCAGUGGACAAGUCUUCUAGAACCCCCGCCCUGUCUGCCCCGAAUGUGACUGCCCUGGUCAUCUUAGCGGUGGUCUUCCUGGUGGGCGUCCCGGGCAACAGCCUGGUGGUGUGGGUGACGGGCUUCGAGGUGCGGCGAAACAUCAACGCCAUCUGGUUUCUCAACCUGGCGGUGGCCGACCUCCUCUCCUGCCUGGCGCUGCCCAUCCUGUUCACAUCCAUCGUCCAGCACGGCCACUGGCCCUAUGGCGACGUGGCCUGCCGCGUCCUGCCCUCCCUCAUCCUGCUCAACAUGUACGCCAGCAUCUUGCUCCUGGCCACCAUCAGCGCCGACCGCUUCCUGCUGGUGUUUAACCCCGUCUGGUGCCAGAACUACCGAGGGGCCCGCUUGGCCUGGGCGGCCUGCGGCGUGGCCUGGGGCUUGGCCCUGUUGCUGACCAUCCCGUCCUUCAUGUAUCGCGUGGUGCGCGUGGAGGCCUUUCCGUUCAAGAUGGAGUGCGGCGUGAGCUACGGGAGAGACGGUUUCGUCACCGAGAGGGUCGUGGCCAUCCUGCGGCUGGUGGUGGGCUUCCUGUGGCCGCUGGUCACGCUCGGAAUCUGUUACACGUUCCUCCUGAUUCGGACGUGGAGCCGCAGCGCCACGCGCUCCGCCAAGACGGUCAAGGUGGUGGCGGCGGUGGUGACCAGCUUCUUUGUGUUCUGGCUGCCCUACCAGGUGACGGGGAUGAUGCUGGCCCUGUCCCACCCGCGCUCGAGAAUCUUCAAGAGCGUGUCGCCUCUGGACGCCCUGUGCGUCGCCUUCGCUUACGUCAACUGCUGCAUAAAUCCCGUCAUCUACGUGGCGGCGGCUCGGGGCUUCCACGCCCGCUUCCUUAAGUCCCUCCCCGCCAGGCUCCGGAACGUGUUGACCGAGGAGUCCGUGUCCCGGGACAGCAAGUCCUACACCCUCUCCACGGCGGACACCCCAGCCCAGAAGAGCCAGGCGGUGUGAGGGGCGCGCUCCCGGCCGCCCUCUGCUCGGCAACCCCACCUUCCCACCCGUGCGGUUUCUCUGGGCUCCUGGUAACCGUGACCUUGGUGAAACCGUAGUACCCCCCCCUCCCCCCGCCGAACAGCUCUCUGCGCGUGCGCGUGCGCGUGCGCGUGCAGCUUGUGACUAGGACACAUUCGAGACACAGAAGACAGAUGGGAAGGUCGUAACCUUUGCAGAAGAGUGAAGGGCGCCUGCGCGGCUCAGUCGCUGGAGCGUCCGACUUCGGCUCAGGUUCACGAGUUCGAGCCCCACGCCGGGCUCCGUGUUGACGGCUGGGAGCCUGGAGGCCGCUUCUCUCUCUCUCUCUGCCCCUCUACCUGCUCAUGCUCUGUGUGUGUGUGUCUCUCUCUCUCUCAAAAAUAAAUAAACAUUAAAAAAAAAAAACUUAUAAAAAAUAGUGAGGUAUUUAUAUCACUGGAGAGCUGGAACAAAAUGUAACAAGCGUCUCAAAAGGCAUUCUUGCUCGUUGAUACGCGGGCGAAGCUUUUCUGAGCGGGUGGAUCUAGGGGCGCCUGGGCGGCCUGGGGUUGAGCGCUGACUUCCGGCUCAGGUCAUAAUGUCGUGGUUCGUGAGUUCGAGCCCCGAGUCGGGCUCUGGGCGGACAGCUCGGAGCCUGGAGCCUGCUUCGGAUUCGGUGUCUCCCUCUCUCCGUGCCCCUCCCCUGCUCACGCUCUUUCCCUCUCCCCCCCCCCAAAUAAAAUAAACAUUAAAAAAAAAAAAGCCCAACUAAGUGUGUCCAUUUAAAGUACAGUAGGUUAAAAUGUUACUCAAUUGGGUUUUUUUUUUUUUUUUUUUAAAUGCCUUAAGUAAAAAAGAGGUUAGACGGUCCCGGUCAGAAGCAAGUGUGAGGGAAGCUUGCUGUAAGGGGAGGUUAAGAAACAUUGGUUGGGCACCUCCAGGGGGGAAGGAGGUCACGCGGGAACUUGACGUUUUACUUUGUAAACUGCUGUUUUGUUUGCAUUUCUCAAAAUAAAUAAAAGAAAAAAAGAAAAAAAAACCCAAGAAACUUUAAAUUUUGGUUAUCACUGCGGACUCACGCGUAGCUGGCUGUGAGUGAUAAUACAGAGGGAUCUUCUGUGCCCUUGACCUAUUUCGCUAUGGGAACACCUUGCAAAGCGACAAGAUCACGACCAGGAUGUGGACACCGAUAUACUCGAGGUGCAGGAUAUUUUCGUCAUCGCCUGGAUCCCUCAUGAUGCCCUUUUCCACCCCCCACCGACUGCCCUCCACCCUCCCAGCCUGGUCUGGGGCCCCUGGCCACCACGGUUUCACUCUCAUCUUCAAUUCGGUCCUUUCAAUGGACUCAUUCAGCGUGUAACCUUUUGACUUUUGAAAAAACUAGUCUGCUGCGCUUGAAUGAUGAACAUAGGGGCGCCUGGGUGGCUCAGUCGGUUAAGCGUCUGACUUCGGCUCAGGUCAUGAUCUCGUAGUUUGUGAGUUCAAGCCCCGCGUGGGGCUCUGUGCUGACAGCUCGGAGCCUGGAACCUG